CUUCUUUCUACAGAACCGGGUCGCUACACUAGACGUCCUGUCUCUUCGUCUUCCUUUCCUGCUUGAUUUAAACUUGCCGUGCUCAUUUCUCUCUGCCGCAAUGGAAGCGACGAGACUGCAUGCCGUCGUCUUCAUGCUAGUCACACUUCUCGUCGUCUGGAACGUCAACGAUGUCGUUGCGACAUCAACUUCUCCUACAACGGCUACCUCGCAGAGCAAUAGCAAUUCUGUCAAUGACGCUAGAAGUGAUAGAUCAGAGGAGGUCAGUGGCACAGCUUCAUCCAAGAUGUCAAGUGCUUCGACUAAUUUUCCUAAUGCGACAAUGGUAGCUGGGUUAGUUAGUACAACUAAUGACUCUGUGCAAGGAAAUGUGACUGUUGCUCCUGAAUCAAAUUCGUCGACUCAGUCCACUAGUAUUGUAACAUCAGUGUAUCCAACUGCAAGCCUUCUGUCAGACAAUGCUACAUUCACAGAGUCUACUUCUGGUUUUAUGUCAGUGGCUGUUGAAACAAUGAAUUCGACUAUAUUGCUUGUAUCUCCACAAUCUUCGAGUAUUUUCGUAUUUUCACCAUCUAUGCAGCAAACUUCAGUAUCAAAUCCUUUAACGACGAGUUUUCAGAUGUCUAUGCCAUCUUCUGCAACAAUCCCAAUUGUGUCUAGUCUAAUUUCAAGUUCCACACUAACACCAACACCAACAUCAAUACCAACACCAACACCAAUACCAACACCAACACCAUCUCCAGAUCAACAUCUAGUUCUUCCACCUCCAACAGAUUUCCAGUUGCUGGAAAAGGGACUAUAUCAUUUUAUUCUCCAGUGGAAAGAACCAGUAGGAGUUGACAACAGUACCAUUCUUCACCGCUAUGUCAUUAAGUAUAACGACAGCAGCUCACUAAUGAAUGUAACAACUAAGAACACAAGUGUCACUGUAAAGAGUGGAAUCAAACGGUCGACCAAAUACAUGGUCCAAAUUCAGGCUGUGUAUUUAUCUAACUUUCUCAGUGAUGUCACUAAUACAACGACGUUGUGGGUCACUACAGAUUCAAAUGAUCCUCCAGAAGAUAUCAAAAUUAUACCAAAUGUUAGUUCUAUUGUUAUCAUCUGGUCGUCUCCCGUUCUUCCUGCACACCACACCUCGGUUACAAAGUACAACUUGAUUGUUGUUGCCACAAAUGGAACUGCCGAUCCAAGAAAUAUAAUAGUGGAUGUCAUGCAAGAUAAAAGUCGACUGACAGAGACUGUUGAUCAACUUGCACCAUUCACACAGUAUGAGAUUUCCAUUGCGACUGGAACGAAGUUUGGAUUUGGUCCACCAGUGUGUAAAGUGAAUCGUACACGAAUUGGAGCUCCUAGUUCGCCACAUAUUAUGUCAGCUCAAUCAGUCACUUCUGUAUCUAUUGAGGUUGUAUGGAAAGCACCUACUCGUAUCAAUGGUCCUCCAUCAGAUAUUAAGUAUUAUGUAAAACAUCGUCAAUCUGCACUUUCACAAACAAAUUCGUCUCCGUUGCUGAGUGUUCUACAGUAUAAAAUUAUUGAUUUGCUGCCAGACAAGACAUACAUGAUACAUAUAAUUGCAGUCAAUGUGGAUAAUGGUCGAAGACUUGAAAGUGGUGCAAGCAAUGAGGUCAAUGUGACAACUCAGAGAGCAGCUCCUCCAGAACCAUCCAGGCCAUUGCGGCCAAAAGGCAAUACUGACAAUAAACGUCUCUUAGCACUGCAACAUGUGGAUCCAACUAAUGGACCAAUCAGUCACUAUGAAGUCAUUGUUGUCAAGGAAGUUAAAGAGACAGGAAGUGAUACCUACCAAACCAUGGAAAAUCCAACAAAUGUUAAGCCAAGAAAUCUAACAGAUUAUGGUUUUGCUCACAGUGUGCAAACAAGUGCUGUGUAUCUUGCUGCUGUCUAUGGAAGUGAAGAACUGCCUGACACAUUUGAACUGGGAGAUUCAACAGAUACCACAAUCAUGACUCAAACUAGUCUCGAAGUGAGAAAGGCUUACAAUGGUCCUCUGGUUGAGAAUCUGGGCUAUAGAGUGUUUGUUCGAGUGUACACUGUGACAGAAUCAACUGAUCCACUGCUCUACAGUGACAGCACGGUAUCCGACAGGAUUGUCGCCGACCCAGAGAGCGAAGACGGCAAGAAAACGGCUGCGACGGCGGUAGCAGUAGUUGUGACUCUACUCGUGGUGACUGCUGUCGUCGGUGUUAUGUUGGUGUAUCUGAAGAAACGCGGCAUUCUCAGGAAACUGACGAGGAAGCAUUCUCAGAGAAGCGUCAGAGAGAAUGGGAGGGACACGAACGGCAUGGGGUUGGCGCUUGUUAAUCGUCACGCUGUUGGCUUCUUGGAACACAAGUUUAUGAGAACCAAUUCUGUAGGUAGUGUUGUUGAUAGUGCAGUGAAAGUGGAGGAUUUCUCUCAGCAUGUUAGAAACAUGCACAUGCACACUGACAUCGCUUUUGGUGAAGAGUACGAGAGAAUUGGUGCAGAAUCAAAGAAUUAUGUAUCCUCAGCAAGUAUUAAUCCAGUCAAUGAAGCAAAGAACAGAUAUGGAAACAUUUAUGCUUUUGACCAGACGCGGGUUCGACUAGAGUCUAUUGAAGGAGUGGAGGGCUCAGACUACAUAAAUGCCAACUUCAUUAGUGGUUUUCGAAAAGCAAAAGAAUACAUUGCAGCUCAAGGACCAGUGCCUGUGACAGUCAGUGAUUUUUGGCGGAUGGCAUGGGAGAAUAAUUGUAGAAUUAUUGUGAUGGUCACAAACUUGCGAGAGCGAGGAAGAAUAAAGUGUAAUCAGUACUGGCCUGACGAGGGUCGACAAGAGUAUGGCGAUUUCAAUGUCGAAUUAUUGGAUGUGGCAGAUUAUUCGUCUUACGUCAUUCGAACGUUGAAGCUUUGGAAGUCCUAUUCAAGUGAUGAAGAAUUGUCUGGUAGUAACAGAUGUUAUACGAUUCGUCAGUACCACUUUACUGUAUGGCCAGAUCACGGUGUUCCUGAACAAGCAUCUCCGUUGUUAUCAUUUGUGCGUAAAGUACGAUGUCGAGUGGUUGAAGACGAUGGUCCUGUUCUUGUACACUGCAGUGCUGGUGUAGGAAGGACAGGAACUUUUGUUGCUAUUGACAUUGGUCUGCAGCAGAUGAAGGCUAAUGGUGCCAUUGAUGUACGAAGUAUUGUAGCAAAAAUGAGAAUGGAGAGGAAUCUGAUGGUGCAGACUGAGGCACAGUAUAUUUUCAUUUAUGAUUCUCUUAUGGAAGCUGCAGAGUUUGGCAUUACAGAAGUGUCUGCUUCUGAUUUGCAAGGUCAUGUUGAGAAGUUGAAGGAAAUUGAUAGCAUGUCAGGCAAAUCGGGAUUUGAAGUCGAGUUUGAGAAGUUGUCAAGGGAUCCUCCUCCUCCAUUACAAUACUGUGCAGGAAAGCGAGACAUCAAUUCUUCGAAGAACAGAGAUCCUGAUAUUGUGCCUAUUGAGAAGGGUCGUGUGAUAUUAAGGCGAUCACCUGGCGUGGAUGGCACCGACUACAUCAAUGCUAGUUUCAUUAACGAUUACAGAACACUCAAUGCUUAUAUUGCCACUCAAGCCCCAAUGGCAGUUACAAUGGAUGACUUUUGGAGGAUGGUUUGGGAGCACGGAUCGUCUACAAUUGUCAUGCUAAGUACUUUAGAAGAAGAAGGACAGCUAAGAUACUGGCCAUCUAAGAAGAAUGCAACGUUUGCAAACUACAGAGUGGAAUUGCUGUCAAGCCAAGAGUACGGUACUUACAGUCGGAGGGACUUCAAUUUAUCAUCGACAGGAUAUGAUUACACUCGUACCGUGCGGCACUUCCAGUUGCAAGUUUGGUCGCCCGAUGUCAAAGCAGAUAUUGAUGUUGGAGUCGCUGUCUUGGACUUAAUCAAACAGGUUGAAUUGUGGCAGAAAACAGUGCCUGAAGGACCGGUUAUUGUGCAUUGCAAAUAUGGAGUGGGAAGAACGGGUGUCUUUUGUGCUUUGAGUGCUUUGACUAAACAGCUAGGAGCAGAAGGUGUUAUCGAUGUGUUUCAGGCAGUGCGAGCUCUUCGAAGUCAACGACCAUACAUGAUUCAAUCAUUGGAUCAGUAUGAGUUUAUUUACAAGAUGAUGGACAGUUUUGUCGAGUCGUUUAAUCCAUAUUCGAAUUUCAGGAAGUCGGAAAGUAGUGAAACUUAGUGGGAUCAGACAUCACUGACUGGAGACGAUGCAUUAUUUUUAAUACAAAUCAUAUAGUCCUUUGGGCAUGCUUUAAUGAUAUGUGAAUUUAAACUGUUCACAAACAGAAAUGUAGCUUUUACAGCUGUAGGUACUUGUAGUUGUUCUCAUUGUGUUUUAUGUACAGUACAUGUAUACACUAUAAUGUGGGUUUUGAUGGGAAAAUAUCCAGGUUGUGUUGGAGAUAUGGAUAUUAA